AUGUCACACCGCGGCGAGGCUUUGCAUCGAGAUGUCUGCUGUAUUGACGAUCUCAAGAAAUUGGCUUCUAUGAAGCUCACCAGGAUGGUGAGAGAUUAUUAUAAUGAGGGCGCCAUGGACAUGAUCACCUUGCGAGAUAAUGAAUCCGCCUUUGACCGUUACAAAAUCCGCCCCCGAAUCCUCGUCAACGUCGACACUAUUGAUACAACCACCGAGAUCCUCGGAAGCAAGGUCUCUCUCCCCUUCGGUUUUAGUCCCGCCGCCUCGCACAAGCUUGCACACCCAGAUGGUGAGCUUGCGACUUCACGCGCCGCUGCCAAGUAUGGUAUCUGCAUGGGUCUUUCAUCUUAUGCGACGUAUCCGUUGGAAGACGUUAUUUCCCAGGGUCUGGACAAUCCGUACGCAAUGCAGAUGUGUGUGUUGAAGGAUCGGGCAAUUACGAUUCAAUUGUUGGAGCGGGCUGAGAAGGCUGGUUACAAGGCAUUGUUCCUGUCUGUAGAUGUGCCCGUGCUUGGAAAGCGAUUGAACGAGUAUCGUAAUGAGUUCCGUAUCCCGGAGGAUAUGGAGUACCCAAAUAUUCUCAGCAGUGGAGCUGAUACCUCGGACCGUACUGAUUAUGAUCCAAGCCUGGAUUGGGAGUCGGCGAUUCCGUGGCUACGACAGCAUACCUCGCUGCCGAUUUGGAUCAAAGGAGUGUGCUCCCCCGAAGACGUGGAACUAGCCAUCAAGCACGGCAUUGACGGAGUGGUCAUUUCCAACCACGGUGGUCGCCAGCUUGACGGCAUGCCGUCGACACUCGAUGCCCUUCGUGUAUGCGCACCGGUUGCUCGUGGACGAAUCCCGAUCACCAUUGAUGGCGGUAUCCGUCGUGGCUCGGAUAUCUUUAAAGCGCUGGCGCUGGGAGCUAGCUAUUGUUUCCUGGGUCGCAUUCCCAUCUGGGGCUUGGCUUAUGACGGACAAGAAGGUGUUGAACUGGCGAUCAAGAUUCUGCGCCAAGAGUUGAGGAUAACCAUGGCAUUGGCAGGAUGCCGCACGAUUCAAGACAUUCAAAAAUGCUAUCUGUCGGUACUAAACCCCGAUGGCAUUCUUGCCAAACUGUAA